AUCUGUAUUAUGGUGACCGGGGAGGCUUUUUAUGUAAUUGUUCUCAGCGCUAAUGAGUCAGAAGAAAAUAACAUUUGCCAUUAGGUCGUUGUAUGGAGUUUAUCCUUACAAGUCCAGCAUGAUUAGCUUGGAGAACCUUGGAGACCCAUCGGCUAACUGGGACAUAGUGGAGACCAUCGGUAAAGGCACGUAUGGGAAAGUCUACAGAGUGACCAACAAGAAGGAUGGAAGUCAGGCGGCAGUCAAAGUGCUGGACCCUAUCAAUCAUACAAGGCACUCCAACAGAGAUGUGGAUGAGGAGAUAGAGGCAGAAUACAACAUCUUCAGGUCUCUGUCCAACCAUCCCAAUGUGGUGAAGUUUUACGGCAUGUUUUACAAGUCUGAAAAUGUAUCGGGCGGACAACUUUGGCUGGUGCUGGAGCUGUGCAAUGGCGGUUCUGUCACAGAGCUCAUCAAAGGGCUGCUGAUGCGAGGCCAACGUCUGCAGGAGCCUGUGAUCGCAUACAUUUUGUACAGCGCUCUCCUGGGUCUGCAGCACUUGCACAACAACCGGAUUAUCCACCGCGAUGUCAAAGGCAACAACAUCCUCUUGACGACUGAGGGAGGAGUCAAACUGGUUGACUUUGGGGUUUCCGCCCAACUGACCAGUGCACGACUACGAAGGAACACAUCUGUCGGCACCCCGUUUUGGAUGGCUCCCGAGGUCAUAGCCUGUGAACAGCAAUAUGACUACUCCUAUGAUGCCCGUUGUGAUGUCUGGUCUCUUGGCAUCACUGCCAUUGAGCUGGCUGAUGGAGAUCCUCCACUGGCUGAGUUGCACCCUGUGAAAGCCCUCUUCAAGAUCCCACGAAAUCCUUCCCCGACGCUGAGAAGUCCGGAGCAGUGGUGCAGAAGUUUCAGUCAUUUCAUUGGCCAGUGUCUGAUCAAGGAUUUCGAGGCACGUCCAUCCGUGACUCACCUUCUGGAGCAUCCCUUCGUCAAGCAGGCCCAUGGCAAAGACGUGGCCCUCCGACAUCAAUUGGCGGCUCUCGUUAAGGAGCAGCAAGAACUUGGCUGCGCAGCAAAAACCAAGCACGACCGGAUCAAUACUCGUAAAACCCUCAUCAUAGAGAGCUGUCCAGAUGAUGAUCUGGUCAACCUGGAGUUCUUAGACGAGGAAACCAUUAUUGGCCUUCUUCACAGGAGGUAUGAUGAGCUGCAAGUGUACACCUAUGUGGGGGACAUCCUCAUCGCCCUCAAUCCUUUCCAGAAUCUCAGUAUCUACUCACCACAGUUUUCUAAGCUAUACCACGGCGUGAAGCGGGCUGACAACCCUCCACACAUCUUUGCCACAGCGGAUGCAGCCUACCAAAGCAUGGUGACUUUCUGCAAAGAUCAGUGUAUCAUCAUCAGUGGAGAGAGUGGUGCUGGGAAAACUGAGAGCGCUCAUCUGAUUGUUCAACAUCUAACCUUCUUAGGAAAGGCAAACAACAGGACCUUGCGUGAGAAGAUCCUGCAGGUGAACCCUCUUGUCGAGGCCUUUGGAAACGCUUGUACGGCCAUCAAUGACAACUCCAGCCGCUUUGGGAAGUACCUGGAGAUGAAGUUCACGCCCGCUGGAGCUGUCAUUGGUGCCAAGAUGUCCGAGUACCUGCUGGAGAAGUCAAGGGUCAUCAAACAGGCGACAGGGGAGAAGAACUUCCACAUCUUUUAUUACAUAUAUGCAGGACUUUACCACCAAGAUAAACUGAAGACGUACAGAUUACCAGACAGGACCGCUCCCAGCUACAUUGACAGUCCACACUGCAAAGUGAUGCAAGACAUUAUCACAAGCAAACUGUACAAGGAGCAGUUUGAAGUAAUCCAGGAAUGCUUCCGGAACAUCGGCUUCACUGAGGAGGAGGUUAACUCCGUUUACAGGAUUCUGUCGGCCGUAUUGAACAUUGGCAAUAUUGAAUUUGCCGCCAUCACGUCCCAACACCAGACUGAUAAGAGCGAAGUGCCUAAUUCAGAGGCUUUGGAGAAUGCUGCUUCCCUCCUCUGCAUCGGACCCGAGGAGCUCCAGGAGGCGCUGACCUCCCAGUGCGUGGUCACCAGGGGCGAGACCAUCAUCUGCACCAACACCGUGGACAAAGCCGUGGACGUGCGGGACGCCAUGUCCAAAGCACUGUACGGCCGACUGUUCAGCUGGAUUGUCAACCGCAUCAACACGUUGCUGCAGCCUGACGUGAACAUCUGUGCCGCGGAGAGCAGCAUGAACGUGGGAAUCCUGGACAUCUUUGGCUUCGAAAACUUCAAGAAGAACUCCUUUGAACAAUUGUGCAUCAACAUUGCAAAUGAGCAAAUCCAGUUUUACUUCAACCAGCAUAUUUUUGCACUGGAACAGAUGGAAUACCAGAGCGAGGGAGUGGAUGCCAGCCUGGUGGAGUACGAGGACAACAGGCCCAUCCUGGACAUGUUCCUGCAGAAGCCCAUGGGCCUGCUGUCCCUGCUGGACGAGGAGAGCCGCUUCCCGCAGGCCACGGACCACACGUUAGUGGACAAGUUUGAAGACAAUCUCCGCUGCAAAUACUUUUGGAUACCAAAACGAUUUGAGCUCUCGUUUGGGAUUUUACACUUUGCGGGAAAGGUGAUGUACUGUGUGGCUGGCUUCCUGGAGAAGAAUAGAGACACCCUCCCUGCAGACAUCGUGGUCGUGCUGAGAACAUCCGAGAACAAACUUCUGCAGCAGCUCUUUUCCAGCCCUUUAACUAAAAUAGGAAAUCUAGCCACGGCCCGAGCCCGGGUGAACGCCGCAUCUCGAUCUCUGCCGCCGCAGCUCAGUUCAGGACGCAGCAAGUCUCCCAAAUACCUCUUAAAGGUGGACACCAUGGAGAUGAUGCGUCACCCUGAGGAAACCACCAGCAUGAGGAGACAGACGGUUGCCUCGUAUUUCCGUUACUCGCUGAUGGACUUACUGUCUAAGAUGGUGGUGGGUCAGCCUCACUUUGUACGCUGCAUCAAGCCCAACGACGACAGGAAAGCGCUGAGCUUCUGCAAGGAGAGGGUGAUGGUGCAGCUGCGCUACACGGGCAUUCUAGAGACCGUCAACAUCCGCCGCCAGGGCUACUCCCACCGCAUUCGCUUUGAAGAGUUUGUCAACAGGUACUACUACCUUGCAUUUCGAGCUCACCAGAUGCCAGAGCCCAGCAAAGAGAAUGCUUCUGCCAUACUUGAGCGAGCCAGACUGGAAAACUGGGUGCUGGGUAAGACAAAGGUGUUCCUGAAGUACUACCAUGUCGAGCAGCUGAACCUGCUGCUUCGAGAAGUGAUAGCUCAGGUGGUGGUGAUGCAAGCCUACACCAAAGGCUGGCUGGGGGCACGACGUUACCGAAAAGAGAAGGAGAAGAGGAACCGAUGUGCUACCGUCAUCCAGUCAGCCUGGAAGGGCUACGUCGCUCGGCAGCGCCUGAAGCACAUUAAGAAGGAGCGAGAGGAGUCGGCUGUCCGCAUCCAGUCAGCUUACAGAGGCCAUCGGGUGCGUCGGGACUGUGGACCUCAGAGGCACAGAUGUAACCCCGAGGCUGGAAGAAAGACCACCAUGGAGGACCAUAUGGGGUCUGAGAGCCCGAAGAGCAUGAAUAAGGCGAAUGUCGGCCUCGACAGCCGAGAGAAAGGCGUGAAAGAGGCCGAGAGAGACGAAGACGGUGUGACGAAGCCUCGCAGGCAGCCGUCCUGGCUGCGAGACGCGCCGUGUAAACAAGGUCCAGUGAUGAAGGUCCACCAGAGGACUCCUCGCCGGCGGGGCCAGCAACCCAAGCUGCUGAACAGCCCUGAAGACAGCCUGUACUACAACCAGCUAAACAGAACUCUGGAUUACCAAGGGAGCAAGAGGAAGCCCAGAAAACUUGGUCAAAUCAAAGUACUGGACGGAGAGGACGAGUACUACAAAUUACUUUCAAGGGCCGAGUCCAUCCCUGAAGAAGAGUACGAGAGCUCAGCCCCCCGCCCGCCCGUUCUAGGGGCUUCUCUUCUCGCCAGCCAGAGAUGAGCCUUAACGUCACGUCAGCCGAUUGCCUUCUUUACCAGCAAAGUUGACCUGAAACCAAAAAAAAAACCAGUCAUCGUCCACACUCUACAUCUAUUGCACAUUUGUAUUUAUUUAUGGCAAAUUGCUGUUUUAUAUGACUUAGACUAAAUGUGGUGCUAUUAAGAUUUGGUUGUUAAUGUGCGUGUUUUCCUUCAAGUUUGGAAACAAGGAUGGGGACACCUGCUGUUUCUUUGAUGAGCUUUGUGCAAUAUGGCUUGUUUCAUUUGCCACUGUCGCACCUACAGAAAGGUUGUUUUGAGGGCAACGUGUAGUUGUGCUCUAUUUGGGACCGAAGGCAAAACAAUGUUUUGAAUCUUGGUUUGAAUUAUCGCUUGACCAAAUUUCAAAUGAUAAGUUAGAAUGCAGAAAAUCCUAGCUCAGAUAGGAAUAAUGAUGCUAUGCGUGUAUUCAUCCUCCUGACAUGAUCAACUCCCUGCUUGGCUUUAUAGUAUGCAGCAGGAAAACUUGCACCUGCGGAGGUGACCCUGUCAGAAUUAAAGCAUAGACAUAAGACCGUAAAGCAGAGGUGUCCAAAGUGUGGCCCGGGGGACAUUUGCGGCCCGCAGCUAAUCGUUUACCGGCCCCCCACACAUUCUGCAAAAAUUGCAAAAUUGAUAGAAUUGCAAAAAUUAAAAAAAAAACAUUUAAAAAAAAAGUGGAAUGAGGUGAAAUCUAACGAGAAAAAGUUGCAAUGUUUACACAAAGCUGCCAUGCAGGCUGUUUUUUUUUCUUUUGUCUUUGUUUAUUUUUAUUUUUUUUGCCAUUGCUCGAGAAAAAAAAAAGAAAAAUACAAAAAAUCUAUGUUACAAUGAAUUAUUACUUAAAAAAUGUCACUUUAAAAUGUUUUAUGUGGAAAAAAUAUUGCAUAUAUUGUGUGGUUGCCAUAUAAAAACAUCAAAGUUUUAUUCGACAAAAGAGCUUAAAACAAACAAAAUAAUAGUUCAAACGUAAAAUCGACAGAUAUAUCUGAAGUUGAUCUCGUAAUUUAAGUGUGAAAAGUUAAAAAAAAAAGUAAUAAAAAUGUAUCACUUUAUGAGUGGGAGACCUUUUGGAUCCCAAAUAUAUUUAGUGAGAUUUUAUUUAACUUUUCACUGUGAUUACUCAAAAAUAUUAAAUAAUUGAAAUCAAUGGUGUCCUACAUUAUUGAUCUUUUAGGGCUCUAAUUACUAAAUACUGCAUAUUUCAGUUUUACUAUAAAAAACAAAGUUGUCUUUGACAGAAAAGGCAUAAAACCUGUUUUUUUUUUUACUUGAUAUCAACCUGAAGUUGAUAUAGAGAUAUACUGUAAAAAAAUAAUAAUAAUAAUUUGACUUAUUUUUAACAUUUUAAUGACUGAGACCCUUGACCCUUGAUUGGUCCCCGAGAGCCCUAAAGGUUAAAAAAAAAAAUCUAUAUAUUUUGUUAUGGUUUGAAAAUGAAAAAUAUCAAAAUGGCCCCCGUAUGCUUACAUUUUUCCGUGUGCGGCCUUCAGUGGAAAAAGUUUGGACACCCCUGCCGUAAAGGUUUUCAGCAAGUCGAUUGCCUCGGCGACCGGCCAUUGUGUUGGGGAAAUUCCACCAAACUAUUUCAAAGUGCUGCCCAGCCAAAUCCGUCCCUCAGCUGGAGUCCCAUUGAAAUGUAUGGAAAUGCAAGAAGUUGACUUUAGUGCUGAACUGAGCAGCUCAAAGGAAAAAUAGCAUUUAUUUGGUUCCACUGCUGGUUGGGAAAGUCUGUGCAUAUAUCACAAAUACAGUGAGGCUGAUUGGAGGAACAUUUCAAAACCCAAUAUCUGUUUAAGAUUAUCAGCAAAUAAGGUUGAUCAAAUAGGGUUGCACGAUACAGGCAAUACACGAUAUUAAUUUGGCUGACAAGAGAGUUUUUAAUACUAUCUUCAUAUUGCGAUAAAGCAUGUUGACCAUACAUUCCAGCUGCGUACUGCAAAUUUGGCAGCGACACAAUGUAGCGUCCUCGAUGUAGUGUCCUCGCUAGCAAGCUAGCAGCUAAUGUCCCUCCACAGUGCAAAGCAACACACUAUAGAGCGAUAUCUGUCUAUUACCUGACCGCUUCUAUGUUAGCUACCUCUAUCUGUUUAGAAUGUCUAUUUUCUGCUGGAUCUACUCUGUAUUUUAUGCUGCAGCUGUUACAUUUACUGUAAUAUUGUACAUGGUCAUUGUCAUAUAUUGUAUAUAUUAUAUAAAAAUAUGAUAUAAUAUAAUAAUAUAUCAGUAUAUAUUAUAUACUGUAUAUAUAAAAUGUAAAUAUUACAUAUGUGUUAUAUUUUAUAUUGCUACUAUGGUACAUUUUUAGUCUACUUUAUACCUGCAUUAUUCUUUCCACCCUUACCCUUUCCAUCCUUUGUA